GGGCAGGGUCUCUGGCUGCUGCACUCAGAGACGCUGCGCGGAGCCCUCCAGAGCAGGGGCUGUAGCCAGGAGCCGGGCGGUCCGUCUCUGGAAGAAGCGCUAGGGACGGCGGGGAUGCUCCGGGAGAGCCUGCUUCCCGGUGCUUUGGCGCAGUAUGUUAGCUGCUUGGAAUUGGUGAACAAAAGACUGCCUUGUGGCCUUGCUCAGAUUGGAGUAUGCUUUCACUCUAUUCCAGAAAGUGAACAACAAAAUGAAAACCUUAGAAGAAUAGGCGAAAGGACCACGUCUUUGCUUGCAUGGUUUAGCUCUCCCAGAACUGCAGGACAGUGGCUCGAUUACUGGUUACGCCAGAGGCUCCAGUGGUGGAGAAAGUUUGCAGUAGUCCCAUCUAACUUCAGCAGCAGUGACUUUCAAGAUGAAGAAGGAAGAAGAGGAUUUAAGUUACAUUACAGCUUUCCCUGGGGAACAGAAACAGUAGAAACAUUGAAAAACCUUGGUGAUACUGAACUAUUACAGAUGUAUCCAGGGGAUAGUUCAAAACUACUUGGCCGAGAUGGAAGGAAGAAUGUUAUUCCUCAUGUUCUGUCUGUGAGUGGAAAUCUGGACCGAGGAGCAUUAGCAUAUCUCUUUGAUUCUCUACAGCUAGCUGAGAAUCCAUUAACAAAAAAGAAAAAUUCACAGAGAAAGGUACUUAAGCUUCAUCCUUGUUUAGCACCUCUUAAAGUGGCCUUGGAUGUAGGAAAAGGUCCAACAACAGAGCUGAGACAGGUUUGUCAAGGAUUGUUCAAUGAACUGUCAGAAAACAGAAUUUCUGUAUGGCCGGGUUAUCUUGAAACCGUGCAGGUAUCUCUGGAACAGCUUUAUACAAAGUACGAUGAGAUGAGCGUUCUCUUCACGGUCUUGAUAACCGAUGCCACUCUAGAGAAUGGAGUGGUCCAGCUGAGAAGCAGAGACACCACUAUGAAGGAAAUGAUGCACGUUUCUAGGCUGAAGGACUUUUUAACUAAGUAUGUAUCAUCAGCCAAAAAUGUGUAAACUUAAAGUUGUUGAAUAAAAGAAAUUUCUUAAAC